AUGCCCGCACCCUUCUAUCGGAAGGAAGGUAACCUUGAGUCUGGCGCCUUAGACCACUCGGCCAUCCUGACAUAUAAUAUUAAGCAAUUGGUGUUGGCCGUGGCUGCAGGUGUGGUGAGGGGAGAAGCUGACGCCAAAUCCGACCCUGCCUAUGUGUCCCAUCACGGCACGCCACACCACUCCAUCCCUGCCUACCACCCCACCACCUACGCCCCCACCCCAGCACCCUUCCACCACUCCACCCCAGCCCCCGCCUACCACCCCGCAACACCACCAUACCACCACCCUAUCACGCCGUCACACCUGCAGCCUACCCCCACUGCCGCGCCUGGUUACCCACACGCCUAUCACCCUCCCACAGCAAAGCCUGGCUACGAGUUCAAGUGCUACGGGUAUGACCAAGUCCCGACCUGCUCCUACAACACCACGAAGCCCUGGUGCCUGUAUGACUACGAGUACCCACUGAAGGAGAUGGAGGAGGCGCUGCAUUACUUCAAGCACCACCUUCUCACUCUCUACGCUGAUCUGGCUGACUUGUACACCGGUAACUCAGUGAACAGACCCAAGACACUGACGGAGGAGACUUACUUGUGCCCCUCCGAGACUGCAUACGUGCGGCCGCUGAGGGCUAUUAAUACUGAGGGCUACUGGAGGACUAUUGUCAAUAACGUAAAGGUGGACUACGAGGUGCUGACACAGACGACCCGCGUGGAGGAGUGCCAGAGUUACGCCGAGUGCCCGCUGGUGCCUCAGUGCUACAAGUCUAAGUGCCUGCAAAAGUUCAUCUACCACCGCUUCUUAGUGUACGACCCUUGUGAUGAGUACUUCCCCUUCGCCGUGGAGACCUUCCAGCUCCCCGCCAGCUGCGCCUGCCUCCUCGGCGCCUCCACCCUCGACCACUAACACAUGUACACAGAAGAGCAAACCACACUGUUUCAACCUAAGAACGCGUAUUGUACUUAGACCAUGUCCUUACGAGUCUGUGUGUGAUAAGUUGCACUGUCUUAACAUUACUUAUAACAUCCUUUAUAAGUGUAGAACAUAUACUCUAGUUCAUGUUUCUCUCUGGUACUUAGAAACACCAUCAACACUUAGGAAAGACUCUCGCAACACUCAACAUUAGUUUAUCUUGUACUUAGGCUUGUAUUCUCACUUUUGUGCUUCAUCUUCACUAUUUCAAGAGGGUUUUAUAUAAAUUUACACGAGUUUUUGAGGUGUUGUUACUGUUCUAGAGACAGAUUAACAAUAUUUUAUAUUAUUUAUUAAAGAAACACUCUUGAAAACCCCGCUAAUCAUCUCUGUGGCCUUGGAAAAUACUCGUGGUGAGAGAGCAGAGUACUUUUGAAUACGGACCUUAGAAACACUUAACACUCAGCAUCAGUACGCCUUCAGACACUUCCUCACAAAUGUCCUUCAUAACGUAGCAGUGCACACCAGAUCACGUUCAUCCCUCGCACUAGCACGCACGUUCAUCUCCGAGUUAUUAUGCCUCCUCACACUGCUCUUCAUACACCACAAUACACUAAUACACUUUCUUUUCUACCCAUCUUUUCCUAUAUCGUGAUCGUCCUUGUCUUGGUAUCUUUUCAUUUUCUUCUUUUCUUUUUCCGCCUUUGCGUGAUGUAGUAUUUAAUGCAGUCACCACACACGCCCUCUGUCAAAGUAUCACCUCAAGCAAUACCUAAUGCCUUAUGUGUAGCCUGCAGUAGUGCCAGUGUUAUCCUGCAGUUCGCAUCUUUCUCUCGCCACUCUUCCAAUACGAUGAACAUGUCUCACUCUCCACCUCUUGCUGUCUCAUAAACCAGUGCGUGUAGAUAGUCAGUUGUAAUGCCACGAGUACAAUUAGGUUCACUCUUCUCAUCUAGUUAUCUCAUAUACUCUCUAGUAAUAGCACGUGUAUACUGUUAAGGUCAUUCUUCAUCUGCAGCGAACAUAUUCCCAAAUCCUCUACCUAUCUCAUAAACCAGUGCGAAUAGAUACUCUGUUGUAGUAGCGAGUACACUUAAGUUUCUUCUUCUAUUCCUCUUGCAUCAAACCAAUGCGUCCAGAUGCUUAGUAGUAUUAGUGUGUGUAUAUUUAAGUCCACAUUUCACUCUCGCCUCCUCACUCCUACAUCUCUCCAUCUGAAGCGUUUCGUCAGACUUUCUUGAUGUAAUGUAUAUGUUACUGGUAGCUGGACAAUUACCCUAUAAGGAGCUUCAUUCCUAUCAAUAUUGUAAUAAAUGAUUAAGUCUGUCAAUCCCGGAGCAAUCAAGCUUACCGGCGGCACGUGAAGAAAGCAGUUCUCUAGUCGUGCGUGUGUGUGUGUGUGUGUGUGUGUGUGUGUGUGUGUGUGUGUGUGUGUGUGUGUGUGUGUGUGUGUGUGUGUGUGUGUGUGUGUGUGUGUGUGUGUGUGUGUGUGUGUGUGUGUGUGUGUGUGUGUGUGUGUGUGAGUGCACCACUCCAGGCAGAGCCGCCCCUGCGAGCUUACAAGCGAUACGUGAAGAAAGCAGUUCUCUAGUCAUCUCGUCUAUUGAUUAUUGAUAUAUGCAGAUGUAAUAAUAUAUUUUUCAUGAUAAUUAUUUGUAGUGAAUAAGUAAAUGAAUACUUAAAGA